AGGCGAUAGCCUUUUAUUGGGCGAUUUCUAAAAUAAAUUGUUUAUUUGUGACUAGAUCGGUACAGCUUUCUUCUGAUAGAAGUAUGUGUUGUUUUGUUAUAAGAGGUCAAAUCAAGACGAAGGAGUGUAACCCAUUAUUCUUUUUGAAACUACCAAGUUGCAUGUUUCUUAAAUAGAUAAACAUAUUUCGUAGACUAACACUUCAAUAAAAAAAAUCUAUACAGAACAUUAAUUUUCGUAUACCUAAAUAUUUUUCCAUAGACCGUCAGCAUAUUAGAAACUGUUUUAGGAUAUUUGUGAACAUUUUCUUUCACAUGCCAAGCAUUUGUUCCAAUUAAUUCAUAUAAAUAUGCUUUUUGAAUUGGCCUCCAUUUUGAAGCUACAUUGCCGACUGAAAACGAAGUUAUUUCUCUCGUAAAAACGAGAAGGCGGGAACCUCUUUUUAUUUUGUUUUCCAGUGAGCGGGCAUGUGGCCCAUACGGCUCGGGUGGGCCUGGGCUGUACGUAUCCACGCCACUAAAAAAAAAGGCUGUACGUAUCCACUUGGCACGGCCCCAGCCACAUUCCACUCACUCCAUUCUGCACGCCAGCGACAGCAGCCGCAGCGCGGCGGGGACGGCAACGCGACCCCAUCUCCGGCACCGGGACGGCGACCGUCUCACUGGACCGAUGGCAGCAGAGAACAAUCGGCACUGGAAGCCACCGUCGUCGUGGUCAGCCCUCCCGCUGGAACUGGCAGGCCUGGUGCUCCGCUUGCUCCCCGCAUACGCCGACCGCGCCCGGUUCGCCGCGGUGUGCCCACAGUGGCGUGCCGCAGCCAGGCAGAAGCUGACGCCCCCUCCACUGCCGCUGCUCGCGCUCCCUGACGGCACCUUCUACAGCCUCCCCUACGGCGAGCUCUUCCGCUUCCCCGGCUGCGGCUUUGCUGGGUACAAGAGCGCCUGCGGCAGCUGGCUUGUCUUCCCCCGCGACGAUGGGUGCUUCCUUGUCAACCCUUUCUCCAGGGCCACCGUGACGCUCCCUGCUCUCUCGAGCGUCCGACUCCGGCCUCCAAAUGCAGUCACUAAGUGGUCAGAUGUGGGAAAGGCGAAAUGUGCCGAACCUUUCUGCACAUGGAUGCAUAUCAAUGAUUCAGAGGAGCUGCACAUAAUUAAGCUGCUCCUGUGCUCGCCAAACCUCGUUGCUGCACUGGUCGGUGUUGAAUACACCAGUCAGAUCCUAAUGUGCCAGCCAGGGGCCUUGUCGUGGUCGGUACGUGCAUGCGAUGAGUGUAAGGAUUUUGAAGACAUGGCAUUCUACCAGGGAAAGCUCUAUGCCAUCACCGAUGAUGAGGACCUCCUUGUGGUGAACGUCAGCAGUGACCAAAGCACCGGCGAUCCACAGGUUUCUCGGGUUGGAAGGGUCAUCAAGGCCAAGGGUGACCAUUGCUACAAGGGGGACCUCAGUGUCUACCAUGUUGUGUGUCGAGAGAACUCUGUACCCGUCAUGCCCGUCAAGAAGGUCUAUCUGGUUGAAUCGUGUGGCGCGUUGCUGAUGGUACGCAGGAAGAUUUGGUGCCAGGCUCCUAGACCUGGAGUGACCAGUAAAAUUGUUGCUGGAAAGAGCGAGUUUGAGGUAUUCAAGGCUGACUUUGAGCAUUCACGGUGGAUCAAGGUGUCGACCGUGGGGGAUGACCAGGUUCUGUUUGUAGGGCGAAGGUGCUCCAGGGCUCUGUCUGCGUCUCGGUAUGGCUUACUGGGCAAUCGCAUCUUCUUUUUGGAUGACGAUGACGAGCAUCGCGUGGACUACUUCUACGACAAGGAGAACACGUCUUGCAGCUCCUAUGACAUGAGACUCGGCGAUGUCUCUUCCCCUCAUCCAAUGAUUUCCUGGAAGCGCCGCAAAGAGAUGCGUCUGGCAGCAUGGCUAUUCCCCCAGGACUGAAUUGAAGGUGCUAUAUUGUUGUUGGCUUGUUGUUAUACAAGCUACUCCCAUGUUUAUCUAACCAUGCUGUAGAUGUUGGUGUCCAUCCUUUAUUUUGCAAGCUGCUCACAGGUUAUCUAUCUGACUGUGGUAAACAUGGCGGUUCAUUAUGGUGUUCGGAGGUCCCAUACAAGCCGUGAAAUGCCUUAGUGGAGAGUAUUUAACUUUCUUAUGCCAUAGUUGCCAUGUAUCAGUGAUUGUCUGAAUUUAUUAUGGUGGUUACUAUGCAAGCUGUUAACUGCAUCGGUUUUCAACCUGCACAGUUCAGUGGUUCUCCUACAA